GUAUAAACCAAUAGCUCGCUUAUGAGUUGCGUAUUUUACUCAUUUGCAGGUAGGAAGGUGUGCGGAACAGACAGUGGCGCCUCCCUUCAUCUGUUGACCUCCCUCCCCCAUCAACAACAUGGAUCACCGCAGACCACCUGCGCGCUUUAUCAAACUUUACUUUAUUCUAACAUUAUGUAUUUAAAACCCGGUUUACAUAAAGUAAAUACAUUCUCAGAGAUUUUGAAAACCAGUGAAUAAUGUAACGCGCAGCAUCAGAGAGAAAGCGCCGCCGUAUCCGCUGAGGAGAUGCAGCGCGAGGAAGCGACAGCAGCACCUGGAAACGGUGUCAAAAAUACAGCACCUACACGAGAGAGUCCAGUACACCAGAACAGGACCGUGUCUCCUCAUGAUGUCAUUAGUCCUGUAUCCCAGUCCCAAGCUGAACAUCAGCCUUCAUCUUCUGCACCUGCCCCUGCUCCUCCAACCAGAGAGCAGUGGGGCGGCAAAUAUGAAUUUCUACUCUCCUGUAUAGGCUACUGUGUUGGCUUGGGAAAUGUGUGGAGGUUCCCCUAUCUCUGCUACAGAAAUGGAGGAGGUGUGUUCCUCAUUCCUUAUUUCAUCAUGCUGUUCUUCACGGGAAUGCCGCUCUUCCUUAUGGAGCUCAGUCUGGGUCAGUAUGGAGCGGCCGGCCCUAUUAUGGUCUGGAAGUGCUGUCCGCUCCUAAAAGGGAUUGGCAUAGGGAUGCUGUGUGUGUCCAUUCUUGUGUGUCUGUAUUAUAAUGUUAUCAUCGCUUGGACGUUCUACUACCUGUUCAGUUCCUUCCAGAGUCCUUUACCAUGGUCAUGUGACGCUCUUCAUAACGUUGCGCUUUGCGGAAAUGACACAAAUGCCACCCAAAGUCCCAGUGAGGUCUUCUGGAAUGUGAAGGUCCUGGGUGUGGUGAACAGUGAGGGGCUGCAUGACCCCGGUCCGGUGCGUUGGCCCCUGGCUCUCUGCUUGCUGGCUGCCUGGUUUGUUAUUUUCCUCUGCAUGCUGAAGGGCAUUCGCAGCUCCGGCAAGGUGGUUUAUGUGACCGCCACAUUCCCAUAUUUUGUGCUUGUGGUGCUCAUUAUCAGGGGAGCCACCCUGGAGGGCUCUUUAAGUGGCGUAGCCUUCUACCUCACUCCAAACUGGGCCCAUUUGGCAAACGCACAGGUAUGGAAUGAUGCUGCAUCGCAGAUAUUUUACUCCCUGGGUAUCGGGGUUGGUGGUCUUCUCUCAAUGGCCUCUUACAACAAAUUUGACAACAAUGUCAUCAGGGACACGUUGAUCAUCACUGUAGGGAACUGUGGCACUAGCUUUUUUGCUGGCUUUGCCAUCUUCUCUAUUCUGGGUCACAUGGCUUGGAAGAAGGGUGUGCCUGUGGGACAAGUAGCAGAUACAGGGCCUGGACUAGCAUUUGUUGCCUACCCAGAAGCCCUUGCACUUCUCCCCGGAUCAGUGUUUUGGUCCAUUCUGUUUUUUCUCAUGCUCUUUAUGUUAGGAGUGGACACACUGUUUGGUAACAUGGAGGGCAUCUGUACAGCAGUGUUGGAUGAGUUUCCUCAGCUCAGAUCUAAUCUCAAACACAAGACGCUGUUUCUGGCUGUGCUCUGUUUCUGCUUUUAUCUGAUGGGUCUGCUUCUGAUCACUGAUGGAGGGAUUUACUGGUUCACCCUCAUUGACUCCUUCAGUACCAGCUUUGGUCUCAUCAUUAUAACUCUCUUCAUGUGCAUUGGCAUCUCAUUCUUUUAUGGGGUAAACCAGUUCUGUCAGGAUAUUGUGGACAUGAUCUGUCGUUGUCCACCCUGGUGCACGAAACUUCUGGUGUACUACAAAGCCUGCUGGGUGGUUUUCACUCCCUUCCUGCUAAUGUUCAUCUUGACUUAUAUCUUCAUUGAGAUGUACCGUACUUCUCUACGCUACGGUUCCUAUGUGUUUCCAACCUGGGGCAAAGCUCUGGGUGUAUGUAUGGGAACCUUCUGCUGUCUACAGAUUCUCAUCUGGGCCAUAGUGGCGGUCAGUAAAGAGUCUGGCACUCUAACCGAGCGCUUUAAGAAAUCCAUCCGUCCACUGAACUCCUGGCGUGUUACCAACUUCAACACGGGCACUCAGGAUCAGCACGUGGAACCGGAGAGAGUAGAUGGACCCUAUACUGUUAACCUGGCUGAAGCUGACUUCACUGCCAUGCAAUGGGAGGCUAUAAGCGAGGCAUAACAGUGCCCCAAAUGCUGGGAGGCCGAACUUCACCGUUACAAAACCACAAAUGCUGGUGAGGACUUCCUGUUUUUCAACAGAAAAGACAGAGAUGACCGUACUGUACUGUAGGACAUAUUACAAUGACAUUAUUUAUGCCGAUGUGACGAUCUACGAUUGAUGUCACGUGGUACUGAUCCUAAGGCCAAAGACUAUGAGAAAUUGAAUCUGUAUCGGAUGCCCCAAGAAUUCCAGCUAUUUAUCUUGUUUUUAAAUGAAUGAGCUUUUUAUUUGUAAUAAAUAUUGUAUCUUGUAAAAGUAGUGGAAAGAGGCCCUGCAAAGCCUUUAUUUAAAUAAAUAUGUAAAUGAUAAUAAUACACAUUUUAAUAACAUAUCCGUUUUCAAAAGGUCACACAUUAAGCAAAUAAAAUUGGAUGUUUUUGUGGCGCAA